CUGGGACCUGACUGGGCCGAUGUCGCCAUCGGUGGCGUUACGUUGCGUGUGAGCGCCCCUGCUCCGUCGGUCGAAGCUCUUGGGCAAAUCGGCAGCCCUGUAAGUUUGUACACCUCGCUGCAAGUGAGGGCGGAAAGCCUGAGCCUCUACGGCUUCGAUACGCCCGAGGGGCGUCAGACUUUUGAAACCCUUAUUGGAAUUAGCGGAAUAGGCCCGCGCGUUGCAUUGAGCAUCCUUUCCACAUUCAGACCUGAAGCACUCGCAGCCGCUGUUGACUCCGGGGAUAUCAAGAGCUUCACAGUCGUGCCGGGAGUAGGUCGUAAAACCGCAAGUCGCAUUCUGCUAGAGCUCAAGGGCAAGCUGGAACUGGACUGGAAUAUCGGAAGCGUCUCAACACUUGACUCGGACGCUUUGGAUGCUCUGACCGCGCUCGGCUACUCGCCGGUUGAAGCGCGUGAGGCACUGUCCGCACUGCCAAAGGACGGCAAUUCCGCUACCGAAGACAAAGUGCGAAUGGCGCUCCAGCAGCUUGCAGGCUGA